GUAGCGGCUGUUUGGAUGGGUGAUCCCUUGUAUCCCCACCCACCACCACCUUGCCCCACGACGCCAUCGUCGUGGCCACCGCUAAGCAACACCUGAGCUGACAGUCCCACACCUCCCACUCCUCAUCUUACCAUACCUAUUCGCUACCCACUCCCACCACCAUCAUCAUCAUCGUCACCUCUUCCACACAUCCCAUCCCAUCAUGCGUCCUCUAACAAAGUCUUUCAAGAUUGAAGGACUAUCACCGCCUAUGCCCGAGUGCUGGGGACAUCGAGGAGCUUCGGCCGCUUUCCCGGAGAACACCAUUGCUUCCUUCGAUAGAGCAGUGAGAGAUGGUUCAGAGGGCAUAGAGUCCGAUGUGCACGUCACUUCGGACGACGUCAUCGUUAUGUUUCACGACCCGUCACUGGAGAGGACCACCAACGGCAAAGGUCUUAUCAGGACACAGCCAUGGAAGGACUGCAUCGAGCACGUCAGGACCACCGCGAAGCCUCAACAGCGCCUUCCUACUUUCCGCGACGUCUGUGAUCUGCUGAUGAGGCCAGAAAACAAGCAUGUGAAGCUCAAUAUCGACAUCAAACCCGAGAAUGAGCCCGACCGUCUGUUCCGCCUGAUGAAGGCCGUCGUGCAGUCCUACCCAGACUAUGCCUCCGACCUUGGCCCGCGUCUCAUUCUAGGUCUCUGGCACCCCGUCUUCCUAGACGCUGCUCUGAAGCACGUGCCAACGAUGCGCCGCAUCCAUAUCGGCGGCUCUCCCUGGCUGGCCACGACGUACUUUUGGAAACACUGCGAUGGAUUUUCCAUGUGGUUUCCUUCCCUCGUGGCGGCUGACGGACAGGCCUUUCUAGAAGCUGCUAAGAGGGACGACAAGGACGUCUUUGUCUGGACUGUCAACAGGAAAGACGAGAUGAUUGAGGCGACUCGAUGGGGCGUAAAGGCCAUUCUCACCGACAAGACCGACAUGCUGCAGAACGUGAGGGAGAAUAUGAAUGGCGACUUUUCCGCCUACCGUCGCGAUCAAGUCGGCCUUUUCUUCCGCUGGGCAAGCUGGAGGUAUUGGAGUCCAGCCCAAUGGAUCGUAACGGCCCAAUGGCUCAGUCAAAUCGAGAAGCGCGCAGGCAUCACCUUCAAAGAGGCAUGGCGUAAAGCUGAAGCCCUCGAGGUCCCGGCCUUGGAAGUCUUUCCGGCGGUGCAGCCCGCUCCGCUGCCUCCUGCUGCAGCAAAAGCUGAAGAAGAGGCUGCUGCAGGUGAUUUCUCUUCAUCUAGCGCCCAGCCAGCAGACGUGACACAGAGUCGCCCUCCACCACGUAGCGACGAUUCUGCUGAUCUCAGCAGUAGCAUCAGCAUCAGCAGUAGCAGCAGCAGUAGUACCGACAGCGGCACCUUUGUUGGCUCACCAACUCCUUCAGGCACGUCAACCGCACAAGGUUCACCUGUACUGCAAGCUGUUGAUGAAAAGACAGGCCAAAGUCAGAUGUCGACGGUGCCUAUGACGACGACGACGAUGAAGCAGUCCCAGCGCGCGGCCGUCUUCACUCCCGUCAUGCCACCCUCGGCAUCUGCUUGCUGAUUUACCACUUCGCUUCGCUUUUACCAAAAACAAAAAGGACUUUUCUCUAUGGAUCCAUAUCAUGCACAAUGCGCGACCUAUCUCGACGUAUCUCCUUUCUUCCCACAAAGUAGCCCUACCCCAUUUCUUUCUUUCGCUCCUUCUUUCUCCUCUUCACUCGUUC